CCCUAUUGGUGCCUAUAUAGAGAGAGAAACGGAAAGAGAGACAGCAGGAUCCUUCCCUACCACUUCUGCUACAACUACACAAAUCUUGCAGCCAUUUCCAUCUCUCUUUUAAUUACAAAACCUUGAUGCUUUUUAUAUAUUUUCCUGCUGGUUUGUAUCACCAACAUGCCUCGAUUUUCUAACCCCAGAUUUGAAUGACCCAGCCAGCAAUAAGGAACUCUCCUCAUUCCUUCCUCUCCCCCCCCCCCCCCCCGCCCCAACUAUUUCUACCCCUCUUCUUCCCCUCCUUGAAUCCUCCCUCCAAGUUGAAAUCUCUUCAACUUAGCAACAAAAUCAAAACCCAUUCCAAAGUUCCAAUCUUAAUUUUUAGAGUUUUUAGUGGAUUCUGAUCGAUGAUGACUCAUAAGCAUUUACACGAGCUGCUUAAGGAAGAUCAAGAACCGUUCUUUCUCAACGAUCACCUUGCAAACAGGCGGUCUCAGCUCAAAAGGCCGAUUCCCAGAAACUCUCUACAGUCCAAGAAGCGGAAGCCGAUGGUGGAAAGCUUCUGCAAGCAGGCGUGCUUCUUGUCCUUCCAGGACUCGCCGGACGUGAGAAAGUCUCCGUUUCAUUUUCCGUCGCCGGCGCCGAGGAAGGGCCCGUGUAAGAGCCCAAACGCCGUGGUUUUGCAUGUGCCCGCCAGGACGGCGGCCGUGCUUCUCGAGGCCGCAAUGAGGAUUCAGACACAACCUUCCUGCUCGAAGCCGAAGACCCAGAUCAAGAACAUUGGGUUUGGGCUGUUUGGGUCCAUUCUCAAGCGGUUGGGUAGUAAGAACCGGAACGAGGCUAAGUUUCUGCCGAGAAAGUCGGCUGGAAAGAGUGGGAAAGUGCGGGAAACUAGUGUGGAUGAGGAAAGAGCUCGGUCCGAGAUUGGUUUUUCUUGUUCUUGCAGUAAUAGUAGGCGCAAUAGCACUGUUUGGUCGGAGAGUAACGAAGAGAAAUCGCUUGAUUUGGAGACGUGUAGCAGCGGUAGGUCUGAAGAUUCGGAAGAGAUUGAUCAGUUUGGAGAAGAUGAUCAAGAAAAUGGAGUCUUUACUUUCUGUGAGAAGCACUUCUGUACAAGUCCUAUGAGCCCUUUCCGAUUUGCUCUGCAAACUAGCCCAUCUCCCGGUCGCCGAAAGCCGGUCUUCUCGCCGCCGGCCACAUCUCCGAGUCUCCACGAGACACAGGACAAGGAGAAAUGUGAAGCAGAAAACACAGAAGAGAUCCUGUUAGAGGAGGAGGAGAAGGAACAGUGCAGCCCUGUAUCAGUGCUGGACCCUCCAUUCGAAGAUGAUGAUGACGGCGACGGCAACGACGAUGACGACGACGAAGGCUACGAUCUAGAAUGCAGCUACGCCAUUGUACAAAGAGCAAAGCAGCAGCUAUUGCACAAGCUUAUGAGGUUUGAGAAACUGGCCGGAUUGGAUCCGAUUGAGCUGGAGAAGAGAAUGUUAGAAGAACAAGAAGACGAUGACGAAGAAGAAGAUGAUGAUGAAGAGGAAACUGAAGAGAAGAAAAUGGAUUCCUUUGUUAGGGAAGUUGUUAGCAAAUCAGGCCUCCAUCGCGGAGAAGCCUCGCCGGACAUGAAGAGGCUGGUUCUGGACCUCGUGUCCGAGGAGAAGAGAGAGGCCGGAGACGGGGAAACGGCGGCUAAGCGGGUUUGCCAGAGGCUGGACUCAUGGAAGGAGGUGCAAUCGAACACCAUUGACAUGAUGGUUGAGCUGGAUUUCAGAAGAGAGCUUGAUGGCUGGAAGAGAAGCGACAAAGAGCAGCUUGGAGAGGCUGCCAUGGAGAUUGAGCUUUCCAUCUUUGGCCUAUUGGUGGAGGAACUAAGUGAAGAUCUGGUUUGCAUGCAUGGGCAUUGAUCAAAGUUCAUCUCCAUCGAUCUAAAUAAAUUUUGCCCUUUUUUAUGUUUAUUUUGGGGGGUGGGUUAGAUUUAUUAAAUUUAAUUGAAUGUUGUCGCACGUAGUCUGACUUGAACAACUAUGAGGGGGACAGGCUAAUCUCAGUAUAAUUAACUAAGACGAUGGAUUUAGAUGAUGGUAGAGUGGCAUUACUAUAUAUAUGUAUGUAUAUGCGUCAUGUACAUGUAGGAGGGGAGAUGUAUGUACCCUUUGCUUAAUGAGACAUGAGAGAUUAGAAUCCUAA